AACAUAUUUGUCUUUUUCAUCAUAUAAAUUAAAAAUAAUAAUUAUGGAGAUGAAAAUGGAAAUAAGAUAAAUUGCAGUUGAGGAAGUGAGAAUGUGGGAAAUAAAAAGAAAGAAAAAGAAAAAAGAUAGAUGAUGAAUAGUUGGGUGAAGAGUUCAGUGUGUGGUGAAAAAUUAAGCGAGGUAGACAGAACAUCAGUAGGUGGUACUACCACCCAAUUUAGUCUUACGAAUGGCAUCCUACCCUCUUUGGGUGCUCAAAGCAACCGUGGCAUCCUUCUCCGCCGCUUUGUUAUCGCCCCUAUGGAUCCUCGUUACAGAGGAUGGGAAAUGUUUCUGGUAUUGUUGGUAUUCUAUACAGCAUGGGCAUCUCCAUUCGAAUUCGGCUUCUUACAAAAACCAUCUAUUAAAGUCCUGGCAAUCGCGGACAACAUUGUGAAUGGAUUUUUCGCCAUUGAUAUAAUAUUGACCUUCUUUGUGGCGUAUCUUGAUAAGAAAACUUACCUUCUUGUGGAUAACCGGAAGAACAUUGCUUGGAGGUACAUUAGGACCUGGUUUGUUUUCGAUACUAUAUCCACUGUCCCUUCUGAACUUGUUCUUCAAAUUCUCCCUAACGACGUUCGAGCCUAUGGACUAUUCAGUAUGUUACGUCUUUGGCGUCUUCGUAGAGUCAGUAAAAUGAUCUCCAGAUUGGAGAAAGAUCCAAAAAUUAACUAUUUUUUUGUUCGAAUCUGCAAGCUAGUCUGUGUGACUCUUUUCACGGUUCACAGUGCUGCCUGCUUUUACUAUCUCUUAGCUGCCAGUUACUCUGACCCGAAAAAGACUUGGAUUGCUCUUUCAAUGGAGAACUUUGAGACUGAGAAUAUGUGGUUACGAUAUGUCACAUCCAUUUACUGGUCCAUAACCACUGUCACUACAGUCGGAUAUGGUGAUUUACACCCUGUCAAUAUAAGGGAGAUGGUCUUUACUAUCUUUUACAUGCUCUUCAAUCUUGGACUCACAGCAUAUUUGAUAGGAAAUAUGACAAACUUAGUGGUUCAUCGGACUAGUCGAACCAGAAACUUUAGGGACAAACUUCAAGCAGCAUCCAAUUUUGCACAAAGAAAUAAGAUUCCUGUUCGUCUCCAAGAUCAAAUGGUUGGUCACUUGUGCUUGAAAUACAGAGCUGAUUCAGAAGGGUUACAACAACAAGAGGUUCUUGAAUCCCUUCCUAAGGCUAUUAAAUCAAGUAUUUCACACUACCUCUUCUACUCACUGCUUGAUAAGGUAUAUCUGUUUCGAGAAGUGUCAAACGACUUGCUUUUCCAACUGGUUUCAGAGAUGAAAGCUGAGUACUUUCCUCCUAAGGAAGACGUGAUUUUACAGAACGAAGCCCCCACGGACCUAUAUGUGCUAGUCCAUGGUGCAAUGGAGUUGAUCUUACCCGUGAAUGGAGUUGAACAGGUCGUUAAAGAGGUCAAAUCUGGAGAUAUAUGUGGGGAGAUAGGUGUUCUUUGUUACAGGCCACAGCUUUUUACUGUUCGCACCAAGAGAUUGUGUCAGUUGCUGCGUCUAAAUCGUACUUCCCUUCUGAAUCUUGUCCAAGCAAAUGUUGGAGAUGGAGCUAUUAUCAUGAGCAAUCUCUUAGAGCAUUUGAAGACGCAGCAUGAUCCAUUAAUGCAAUCUCUUGUUGAUGACAUUGAGAAAAUGAUAGCUCAAGGUCAAACAGAUUUGCCACUGGGUUUAUGUUUUGCUGCUGCAAGAGGAGAUGAGCCGUUGCUGCAACUCUUGCUGAAACGCGGGUCCAAUCCAAAUGAGAGAGGCAUGAAAGACCGCACUGCUUUGCAUGUUGCAGCUGCCAAUGGAAAUGAAAACUGUGUUUCUAUCCUGCUGACUUCUGGGGCGGAUCCAAACUCAAAAGACUCAGAAGGGAAUGUUCCGUUAUGGGAUGUAAUAAUGGGGAAGCAUCCUGAGUCGUUGAUAAAGUUACUGGUAGACCAUGGUGCUACUCUGGCUUCUGGCGAUGUACCACAAUAUGCUUGCUAUGCUGUAGAGCAAGACAAUCUAGAGCUGCUACAGAGUAUUGUGCGACAUGAUGGAGAUGUAACGUUGCCCAAGAGCGAUGGAACUACACCACUUGAUGCUGCAGUGAUUAAUGGAAACGCCAACAUUGUUAAGUUCCUUUUAGAGCAAGGGGCAGACAUUGACAAGAAUGAUGCAGAUGGGGUGACACCCAGGAUUUUGGCAGAUCUUCAUGGAAAUGUUGAGAUUAAAGCAUUAUUUGGUACUAGUUGUAAGAAAGAGGUUAGCCUCAAAUCGGAUAAUGUAGUGAUCCUUAAUAAGAAAGUGGAUUCUACUAAUUCCCUGAAGAAGUACUCAAGUACUGGUACAUAUUUGGAUGAUGUUACUCUGGUUCCUAGUGUUCAUGUCGAUAUGCCUCAAGUUCAGGCUCACCCUAGAGCCCGGGCUAACGUGUUUGAAAACUCGCUAUUUGGAGUAGUGUCUGCUGCUACUAGAGGUGAAACAUCUGCUGGUGUAAACAGUUACACAAGGUCUGUUCCUAUGGGAAACCAAUCUGCCAGAGUAAUACUUAGAUGCCUUGGAAAGAGUGAGGCCUCAAAGCUCGUCAGGUUGCCGGACACAAUUCAAGAACUAGUUGAAAUUGGUAACAUGAAAUUCGGAUGUCACUGCACUAAACUAGUCUCUGCACACGGAGCUGAGAUUGAUGAGAUCGAACUCGUUAGAGAUGGCGAUCAUCUUACUCUCAUGUCUGAUGAAAAUUAGUCUGCUUAACGUAAGCCAAAUUCAAAUCUAGUAGUUGAUUCCAAACACGGACACUGGACACCACUUGUUGAAUCAACUAAUUGGUGGACUAGUGAAGAAUUAAGCUGCAUGCAUGUUCAUUUUCAACUAGACGUACCAUCUACAUCUUUUUCUGAUGGAAAUAUUACUAGUGCAUAUUGACUUUAGACUUGUACUCCGUAAAUAAUUCAUGGCUUAACAAACAACAUUCAAUCUAUAAGGCUUGUUGGAAAUUGUUAAUAUUAAACCCAAUAUGGCAAUGAGUUUCAGUUAUGAUAUAUUACUAGAUAUUUAUUUAGGAGAUAUAUUAUGUUAUUGUAUUCCUAUUUUACGAGUUGUAUUUUAGGGAUAGAUUUGUUAGUAUAUUGGUUUCUCCUAAAUUGUAAUAUUCUAGUAAUAUUGUGUUUCCUAAUACUAGGGCUAGGGUUAGGAAGUUGGGGUAUAUAAAUAGGGAUUUAUAUACCAUUAUGAUUGAUAUGCUUGAGAUCCUGAGCUUGAGCAUAGUUUGAGAGAAAAACAUAUGAGGUUGAUUGAUUGUAUUGUUAAUAACGGUUUUGAUUAAUAAUACAAGUUGGGACGUGGGUAUACCA